GAGCCGUGGGGGAUGCUUGGAGGAGGGAGAAGCGGCCACGGGUCCCCACCACCUCACCCGCAGCUGGCUGCAGAGACACCACCGCUCUGUAACAGCACUGGGGGGAGAGGGGGUUGCAAUCCGCAGGCUGCAGCAAGCUGACACCCCAAGAGGAGAGAGAGAGGGGCAGUGGAAAUCGAAACUUACCAGCCAGAACGCGCUGAAGCAAUUACUCAGCAGAGGAGUGCCCAGAUCCCGCACGUACAGUUCUGAUAGAGGCAGGGCCUCGUGGACUGUCGCUCUCUUGUCCCAGGUGAACUCAGGCAGUCUGCAGACACAGGCGAUGGAGGAAGAAUUCCAGUUCCUGAUCUGCCAGGGAUGCCAGAAAGAACCCAGAAAUCCUAAGCUCCUGUCUUGUCUUCACACUUUGUGCGCCGACUGCCUGGAAGAGAACAAGCCUGUUGGCCAGUGCCCCAUCUGCCAUGCUCCCAUCCCACAAGCCAGUGGGAUCCCAGACCAGGACAACCUGCUCUUUGCCAAUCUGCAGGCCAAGCUGAGCACCUACCAGAAGAUCGUCCAAGGCAAUGACCUGGUCUGUGACAACUGUGGGCAAGAGGGAGAGUUCUGGUGCUCUGACUGCGAGGAGUUCCUUUGUGUCAAGUGCUUUGAGACCCACCAGAGGUAUCUAAAGCGAGAGAGCCAUGAGGCCAAGGCGGUGAGGGAUCUCAAGGUGGGAUCUGCCAAGGAGUUUCUUGGUGGUUCCAGGAAGCUCAGUAACUUUUCCUGUCCCAAUCCAACCCACGCAAACCAGAUGCUGAGCAUCUACUGCAGAGAGUGCCAAAAACCGAUCUGCUGCAUCUGUGCCCUGCUGGACAGCCGGCACACAGGCAGGCAUUGUGAUAUUAAGGUGGAAAUCCAGCAGAGGCAGCAGGAGCUGGGGAGCGUGAGCGAAGAGCUGAAGAAGAAGGAGGAACUCUUCCAAGAUGCCUAUUGUAACCUGAAGAGAAAAGCUGACCAUCUGGACCAGGUGAGGAAUGAAACCCAGGAGCUGAUCCGAAAGAGAGUUGAGCAGAUGGUGCAGCUGAUCCGAGAGAAGGAGCAGGAACUGCUGGAGAUGGUGGAGAGGCAGUACCACCUGGGGAACGAGGAGCUGGAGGGGAAGCUGCAGCAGACAGAAGCCGUGCUCAAGAGGAUGGGCGCCAGCAAGCAGCUGGUGGAGAAGAUGCAACUCUACGCAUCGGACCAGGAGGUGAUGGACCUUCAUUCCUUCAUCAAGGGGUCACUGGAGGAGCUCAGGAAGCUGCAGCCCCUGGCCAUGGGAGCCAGUAUCCAGGCUGGAGGCUUCGCCAAGUGUAAAGCCAGACUCCAGGCUCUGUUUGAAAGAGUGACUGGGGAGGGAGGUACCUCUGCUCCCCAAUGCGCCCCCCCGUCGGAGGACAAGAGCACUGUGACACUCAGCCUUGAGCCUCUGCAUCCUCCAGAGGCUUCCCACCAGCGGAGACACCUCCCUGCCAAUGACAGUGAAGGGCUGUUCUCCCAUGAGGACCCCACUUGUCCCCCCAGCUCCCAGACUGAGCCCUGCCUACCCGAGGAUGGAGGAGGAGAUGUCUAUCCAGCUAACUGGGGUGAUGGCUCUCCAGUGCUACCAAUCACUCCACCAUCCCAGGCACGAAGGAAUGGGGAGAAGGAGAACGCCUUCAGGCAGCUCACAAGUGCUGAGGUGGAAAUCCCGAGUGUCCCUGGGGGGAUACGGGGCCCUCUGGCCUCCGAGCAUGGGGAUUUAGCGGCCCGGCCCAGGGCCAGUGUGAGCCAGGCAGACAGACUCCUGGUGUUAGGAAGCAGCAUCCUGAAAGGACAGCAAAGCACAAACAGGCACCUGCUGUCUAUGUUGCGUGGGGUCACGUCCAUCUCCCGCUCCCUCCACACCCUCACCUCGACCUUGAUCCCCUUUCUGCAGGAGACCACUAGCUGGUGGCAAGCCAUGCAGCAGCCUCCUCCAGUCCCUCCGGGCCCAGGGAGCCCACCCCUCCCUGAGACCAUGGGCUUGUCAGUGCCAUCAUUGCCCUCGGACCUGCUGGACCUGUUCCUUCCUGACACCCCCGAGGGCAGUGUCUCCCUGCUCCCAGCAGCACCCAUUGCUCAUCGCUCCAGCAGCCACUCCAUCUCCCCUCCUCCCCAGGCAUCUACCUCCUCCACCAAACCACCUGUCCAACCCCAGCCUUUUCACUCCCGCAAACAGGCAGGAGAGAGGGCCAGGACAGGAGAGGGGUCCGGGACAGGAACCGGUGCAUCGAUGGAUCAUCGCAGAGAAGCUGCCCCAGCUAGAUUCACAGAUAAUUUCAGCAAGGCCUCGUCGUUGUCUUUACCAGCGAAGAGGAAAGGAGUCCAAACUGAGGCCCCUGCGAAGGUGAUCAAGACUGAAGCUGAUGCAGGCAAAUGGGAGCAAUCAGCAAGGAAGCACCAGCAGAAUUUGCUGGAACAACCGGGGACCAGCUCCUCAACAUCAAGCAGCUCUUCAUGUGUGACUGACAGCUUCAGUGCAGCCAAAGUAGCUGACUUGCUGGAAAAUAACAUCUACAAACUAUGUGAGCCAGAUGAUCCCACAGAUUGUUUGGACAGCUCUGAAGGGGAUUACAGUGAUGAAGAGUCAACAGACUCUAGUCUGCCAGACAACAUCAACAGCAUCAGUUGUGAGAGCAGCGAGGGAGACCUCCUGGCCUUUCCUGCUGGCAGCCCGAGGGAACUCGACAUGAGACAAGCAUCACUGCUCUUCUUCGACCUCAAGUUCUUGACAGCAAAUAAGAUCCUUCAGCUGGCUGUGGUGGAUGGAGAAAAGAGCUUUACCAUCUUGAUUCAGCCGCUGAAAUCUUUGCCUGGCUUGAUCUCAAAAGGCGGCGUCUGUGAGAUUGGUGUGAAGACCUUAUUCCACUACCUCUGCUCUAUCCACAAACCCAUUUUAGCAGGGUAUGACCUCUGGUCACCAGCCCUUCCUGUCCUGUUUCAAUCCCUAGAUCUCCUUAGCAAGAAAGAGGAGUUUAGUGCAGCUGUCUUUGGUUUCCUGGACAUCUUGCCCCUGAUUAAAGAGAAGAUCCCCAAGGCUGGGAGUUACAAACUGAAGAACCUGGCCAACACUUACAUUUGGCGGCAGCUCAGUGAUAACAGCCCCCUGGAUAAUGCAAAGGCCCUAAGGGAUCUGUGCACAGUUCUGGAGGUUGAUCCAGUGGAGGACCCGAGGCCUGUGCUCACCUGCUCUAAUCUGGAAUGUUAUGCUUCCCUUCAGCCAUUGCUGAAUGAGAAACUUCUCACUAAGCCUUCGGUGCAGAUGCUGUCCAUGCAUAACGUGAGCCUUUCCAAGCUCCACACCUUAUACCUGAGGGACCCUGAGAAAGGGCUGCAGAAGUUCUGCAGGUUCUUCAAUUCUCGGCUGCAGAGCUCUGAGAAGAAAAUCCGAAAGCUAAGUAAGAUCAAAGCCCAUUUCCAGAGCCCACAGCCAUCAGCUGGGCACCAAGCAGCAGCUGCAGCAGCAGCAGCAGCAAAUGAACUGCCACGAGCAAUAAAGAGUGAGCCAGACUACUGAUGUACAUCUACAGCUCAGACAAAUAUAUCUGUGUAUGGCACCUCAGGUACGAGGCUGAGCAGCAACAUUCAGCUCUCAGGUCCAGACUCCACCAGAAUUCAAGAAGUUUAGAUUCACCAUUUUCAGUUUGGCCCAUUAUUUAGAGCAGGGCCUGUUAAAAGCUCACAUCUAGAUCUGAACUACGAAUUUCAGGGAUGCUUGGAUCAGGUGUUCGGUGGGGGGGGUGGAGCUCUUCCCCACCCCCACCCUGUUUAUAUUUAUUUCAUAUACGAAACUUUGUUAAGGUGAAGUGCUUAGGGCACUAGCCUAGGGAGACAUGGGUUCAAGUCCCUGCUCCACCACAGACCUCCUGUGUGACCUGUGUGACCUGGGGCAAGUCAUGUAGCCACUCUCUGCCUUAGUUUCCCAUCUGCACAAUAGGGAAAAUAGCCCUGCCCUGCCUCGCUGGAGUGUUAGGAGGCAGUGGUUAUAUCCUAUGGGACCAAAUAAGUACCCAAGAUAGACCGCAAUCAGGAUUGCAGGGCCAUAUCAUACUGCCUAUCAGGAAUGUUAAAGUCCCUCAAGCAUUAAAUCCCCCAAUGGUGCAGAGUUAAGGGUGCUACUCUGAGCAGGACUCCUGGUAGUAGUAACACUGCAAUCUGACCAUACAUGGUUUCCACCAGUGCUGCCAUCAAUGGAGCUGCACUAGUAGUUAUGGGAUCUAAUUUUCCUAGUGCAGACAAGGCCUGUGUUACCUGAUAUAUUCAUUUCCUCCCUUCUGCUUGUUGUAUGGCCCAGAUCCUCAAAAGUGUGUAGGCACAUAACUCCCAUUGAGAGUCAGGCACCUAAAUACUUUUGAGGAUCUGGAUCUACAUGACUAGAGGGAGGACUCUGUCUAUCCAGCCAGUACUUCCUUGUGUUUAUUAUCACCAUCAGCCUGGAGAUUAAACAACUUUUAUACAAUUAUAUGCACAAGAAUUGCCUAUGUGAUUGAUUCAGAGGGCUGGACUUGAUGACUUUUCACAGUCCCUUUUAGUCUUACAUGUCUAUGAUUGUGUCAGCAGCACGCAGGGCAAGGGGAAUUUUAAUUAUAAUAAAAUGAAAUGUCUUUGCUCCCUUCUAGAAGUGUGGCCUAGAUCCUCAAAGAUAUGGCACCUAACUCACGUUGAUUUCAUGCAAGUUAAGAGCUUAAAUACCCUGGAGGAUCUGGACCACUGUCCUCUUUGUAUUUUCCUACUUACCCUGCACAUUUCCUGCUACUUUUCAAUGUAGACUGCAAAUUCCUUCGGCCAGAGAAUCCAUUGUCAUUGGUGUUUGUAAAGGGCUAUGUAAGUAAGAAAUAAAAUUCAUAAUUUGAUAUGAA